AUGAUGCUUGACGCAUUCCUUCUGGCAAUGGCCGCCAUCGGUAUCACCGGUCAUGCAGCUGUACUUAUUGUUCCAAACAUGGCUAUCAAAAUUCUUCUUCUGCUCAUUAUGUUGUUCAUAGGAUGCGUAUCGAUUGAUACAUUCCAUGCUCACUAUAUCAAAGAAGCUGUUGGUAUUGUUGGAGAAGCUGAGGUUAGAACUAGUCCCAGUUGUUCCCGUUCUUCUUCUCUUCUGUUCUCGCCAAAAGGUUCAAGCAAACGCUUCCUGUCAAAGACCUACCUGAAAUUCGGGAGAAGGUUGUUUUUCUGCGCAUGGUACAGAAUUGCGUUCGGCAACAAUGAAGGCGAUGUGAAAGACUUUGAAAGGCGCCCUCCUUCGUACGCCUACUGUAUUUCUCAUUCCACCCCGUCGAUGUGUAUAUCUACAGACGAGUUGCCGUCCUAUGAAGAAGCCGUACGUCGAACUAGCGUGCAGAAGCAGUCCCAUUCGUCGGCACCUCUGCCUCGAUCAGCUCAGCUCCCAUGUUGUUCUACAUCAAAACCACCCCUGCCAACGACAACGACUGCUUCUUCGUCAAGUCGACGAGGACCUCGAAUGAUGAAGGCAUCAGCGUUUCGAUAUCACGCACAUACGCCUUCACAAACCACUCGAACGUCGACGACGACGUCAGCGGGAGUACCGAAGCCGCAUCGAUCAUCUCGACCACAGCGAACUGUGGCGAUUCAGAUCGAAUAUCCAGAAAAUGCUCCGCAUCAAUGUGAGUUCUGUUCCGUAUAUUGA